GUUACGCGAAAGUUUCUGAUGAAAAAAGUCUGACGAUUAACGCAAGUUUCAUUAGUGUGAACAUUCGAUUGAAUUGGCUCGAAUAUCAAUAAAUAUUAAGCUUGGUGCGUUUUGAUACAUUGGAUAACUGGUGGAAGUGUUUGAAGUCUCCUUGCGCAUGGUAAUUACAUGUUAUUAGUAGUGAUAAGCGAGAGAUAAGGCAAUCAUCCCAAGUCGUGUACAACUUCCGCGUGCUAAAUCAGAUUCAAGACAAAAAUGACUAAGUUUAAAGCUCUGGUGCCCCAAAUCGGCUUCCUGGGACAGAUGAUUCGUGUACCCAAUGUACCAGCGAUGACCACGAUAAGUCGGCGACUCGUACAUAAACAGCAGGAAAGUGAUGAAUCGCACUGUAUUGAGAAACGUGAGGUUCAGGAAGUUCGGAUUCCGGUGCCAUACGGUGAAAUUGCAGGCAAGUGGUGGGGUCCAAAGGACGUACGUCCCAUUGUUUCACUGCAUGGUUGGCAAGAUAAUGCAGGAACUUUCGAUAGACUAAUCCCGCUUCUACCCCACCAUAUGAGCUUUUUAGCAUUGGAUUUCCCAGGGCACGGUUUAUCGUCGAGAAUUCCAGACGGCAUGACCUACCAUACGCUUGAUAGCGUUUACCUGAUGAAGUUAAUAAUGAAGGAAUAUCAGUGGAAGAAAAUUUCCUUUAUGGCACACUCAAUGGGAUCUAUUGUCAGUUUCAUUUUCUCCUCGAUCUUUCCGGACAAGGUAGACUUCAACAUUGGUCUCGAUGCCCUCAAACCGCACAUAUCGGAUCCGGCCAAAUUAGGUUCACGCUUGGAAAAACGAAUACCUCAAAUGUUGGUUGCCGACUUUCGUAACCGCGCGAAAACGGAACCACCUAGCUACACUUAUGAGGAUCUAGUUAAUCGCCUUUACAUAGGAACGACUAAAUCUGUUACUAAAGAGGCUGCACCGUACCUGUUAAAUCGUAACAUACAAAAGUCAAGUAUGCAUCCAGACAAAUAUUACUUCACGCGCGAUAGUAGACUCAAAUACAGCGUUGGUGUAGGCUGGGGUCAGGACGUGAAUCUGGAGCUGGCCAAAAGGAUGACGAUGCCGUAUCUGUUCCUGAAAGCAUUGAAGUCCAGCUACUACGAAGAUAAGAAAUAUUUUGACGAAUUUGUGGAACUUGUGAAGAAGACGAAUCCCCUAUUCGAGCUGGAGUUUGUGGACAGCACUCAUCACAUGCACUUGACCGAGCCGGAGAAGUUGGCACCGAUAAUUUCGAAUUUUUUGUGCAAACAUUGGAAGAGAGAUGUCGAUGGUAGGAAGGAACACGAUAAUUAAAUUUUGUUGAGUUAAAAUUGUACC